AUGGAAAACUGUGACGUGGUGAAUGCUGCACAAGAAAUCCCUUCAUCUUCUGCAGACUCUGAUGUCAGAAAUACCCACAGCUCUGUCUGUAACUUGAAUUGUAACAGAAGUCACUCAUCCAAUCCCAAUGGAGUUUCUGGUUACUCAGGGAAUACCAGGUCCUCAUUAACACCUCGUGCUGUUGAGCUGCUCGCCUCCUUUAUGCAAGAUAUCCAGAACAUUGGAAAUGCCGACUCAGAAAUUGUGAAGAACUGCGAGACGAGGUGGCUACAAUUAUUGAGACUGGUAGAAAAACAAUGUCAGGAACAAAUAGUUGCCCAGCAAGAGCAGUUCCACCAUCAAAUCCAACUGAUUCAGGAUGAGCUAAAGCGGUUGGUGAAAUUGCAGACCAGCAAUUGGGGUUCCAGCAGGAGCAGAAGUUUGCCUGCCAAGCUCACAGACACUUUUUCACCGUUAGAAAGCAAGAUGGGGAUGCGUUCCGAAAUCUUUGAAGAGAAUGAGUGCAUUGUCAAUCAGCUUCGAUCAAAUGAAGCGGAAAGUCAGCCGGAUGCUUGUGAUCUGCAUCAGGAAUGUUUUGCGAAUGAUGCUUCACUGACCAGCGGGUACGGCACGCUCUCUGCCUCCCAGCUGAACCCCGGCAAAUCAAACGACGUUAGCAAGUGCCUGGACUACAGGGACAAAACUUCCCAGGGACAGGGCGAUGCAGCGCUGUUGCAGAGUGACACGGUUGUGGCCGGUGUUCGAAAUAAAAGAGAACUUUUGCCCCCAAAAAUAGAGGAAAAAUUUUCGUCGGGAAGGAACGAUGUUUUAGUUUGUCCUGUUGAAUCUGAACCUAAAGUUGAUGAAGCUCAAUGUGGAAAAAACCCCAGUACAUCUUUAACGUCGUGGGCACAAAAGUUGAAACAAAACCAACCAAAAAAAAUGAACGUCGAAGAAGUAUCUGUGAACUCUAUGCAAGAAAAUGAGCAAGCAAAGAAACUACCACUUGAGGAUGGAAACCUUACCAAUGCUGCUUUGCCACCUUACACUUUUUACCUCAAUCACCCAAAUAAAAGUCCGAAUUCCUCAAUGUCUGAAGCUUCAGGACUUUCGUACUGGAAAUUAGAUGAAAAGGAGAUGUAUCACUCUUUACCAGAGAAUUUCAGAAAUGAGUUCACUGAUAUUUUCUCCACAAAAGCAUCACCAGAUCAGGUGUCUUCUGCUGAUGAAACAAAGCUAUCAUCUUUGAAGGAUAUUUAUCAUAAAAGACAAAGGGAGAACAAUCAGCUGCCAGACCAGAAUUUUAUCCCUUCUUCCCAGUCAAGCCACCCACCAGAGAUCUUGACAUUGGACCCAACCCUGCAUAUGAAACCAGGUCAGCAGAACCCAGGACGCUGUUUUUUCAACAUUCCUGAAGAGACUACCCCUUUUUCUCCAGACUCCAUGGCAGAACCCGGAUUUUCAAGUCAUUGUGACACAGACUCUUUUUCACAGACAAGCAAUUCAUCUCAAUUGGAUGAUUCUCCAGAAUAUCCUGCCAGCAGCAGAGCUGUGCAUGUGGACCUCUGGAAAAAUCGCCCAUUCCAAAGUGGAAACCAGACCAGCUGUCCCUUUCCAGUGGCGUACAGGGAUGCAAAUAGUGAUACUUUAGUCAACACUGAGGAGGAAGAAACACUGACUUUAACUCCAUCUUCUGUUACUCAGUGUGCUGACAGCAGUUUGCCAGAAUACAGCCUCUCAGUGACAUCUGUUGAAGAUCCUGUGAUAAUGUCAAAGAUUAGGCAGAACUUGAGGGAAAAACAUGCUCGACACAUAGCUGAUCUACGAGCUUACUAUGAUUCCGAGAUACAGAGCUUAAAACAGAAGCUAGAGGCAAGCUAUAGAAGUGCUUCAUCUGAAGACUUGAAGAAAAUCAAUCAAAAUCUUGCUGACAGGUGUGACCAGUUAGAUGCGGCUCUGAAUGAAGCAAGCGCUCGCAUAAAAGCCCUUGAAAAUAAGAAUAAUAUGCUAGAAAAGCAAGUGGCAGAUUGGAGAGAACGCUUUUAUGCCGUCAAUAGUACUUCCAAAGUUCUGCAAGAACGUAUUGAAGAAAUGCGCACAAAUAAUAAAGAGAAGGAUAACACUAUCAGUCGACUGAAAUCGAGGCUUAAAGAUCUAGAGGAAGCAUUUGAAAAGGCUUACAAGUUAUCUGAUAAUAAAAAUAUGAGGCUAAAGGAAGAAAAUAAAAUGUUUCAAAAUCUUUUAGGAGAAUAUGAGUCCCUUGGAAAAGAACAUGAAAGAGUAAAGGAUACAUUAAAUACAACUGAAAACAAAUUGCUUGAUGCAAACACGCAGAUUUCCGAUUUGAAAAGGACAAUUUCAAAACUUGAAGCUCAGCUCAAGCAGGUAGAACACGAAAAUACGCUGAAAUUUCGCCAUAUUACUGAAAGUCGUUUAAGAACCUCCUGUGCCAACAAGCUGGCAACUCCUGAUGUCAGCAGACGGAAGUGGUUGAUACCAGGAGCGGAGUACUCAAUCUUCACUGGCCAACCUUUGGAAGUGCAGGAUAGCACCAAAGAUAACAGAUUAGAAGAAACCCGUAUUCCUUCUCGGCACCAUUCUCCUCCUGAAAAAGACUCCUCACCAGACGACUCUUCAACAAACACAAUAGAAAAAGAAAAUGAGAUGUCAGAAGCACCAAUUAUAAAAGCCUUUAAAGAACUUGAAGAAGGAAAAGCAUUUAAAGAUUGGGGUACACAGACAGAAAAAGACGACACAUCAGCUAAAACAUCAAAUCGACGUCAAACUGUUGGGUUUGUCGAAACUUCUUUAGUUGCUAACCGAUCCCCAGAGAAAGGUAAAGACCAACACAGACAAAAACGAUACAACUCCCCUUCUGGCCAGAGGUCAUCAUCCCUUCCUCCUUCAAACAGGAAAUCAACUACUCCAACAAGAAGAGAGAUAAUGCUGGCACCAGUGUCGGUGACGUACAGCCCAAAACGAUCUCCAAAAGAAAACCUCUCUCCUGGAUUUAGCCAUUUGCUUAGCAAAAAUGAAAACACGGUGACAAGAUUUGAUAUCCUUCUAGACGACCUGGAAGCUGGUCCUGCAUCUACUUCACAGCACAACAAUACAAGAAAAAGGCUCCAGUUUCUGUCGCUGGAUGAUGUAGAAGGAAGGCAACAUCUGGGUGUCAGACACAGCUCGUGUGUGGAAUCCACCAAUACUGGAACAACGAGAGCGAUGGCUUGGGACGAGAGGAGUGUAACACAAAAAUAUGAGCCGGCGCUAUCACCUUGUGAGGGAGACUUCAAAUACACAGCAAGGCUUACAACUCUGGCUGAAACAGAGAGGCUUUUUGAUGAGCUGACUCAGGAAAAGCAACAGAUUGAGGCUGCAUUGAGUCGAAUACCUUGUUCGGGUGGAAGAAUGACCUUGCAAGCAAGAUUAAAUCAGGAAGCCCUGGAAGAUCGCUUGGAAAGGAUUAAUAGAGAUUUGGGGUCAAUACGCAUGACUCUGAAAAGAUUUCACGUUUUGCGUACCUCUGCAAAUCUUUGACAAUUCUCCCUUGAAUGCAACUAAGCUUUUUUUUUUUUUUUUGCACUAAUGUAAUUAUGCACUCAGUAAAUGCAAAUUGUUUUGUAUUUUUAUAAACCCUCAAUAGUAGUUUUACAACCAUGUUGCCCUUUACAAACAGCAAUAUUUUGUACCUCAAACAGCCACCUAUAUUUUAAACAUAUUUUUGUUACACCUGAGAAAUCAAUGUUUAUCCUGUAUUGUAAUAUUUUUAGAA